AUGCAAAUACGCCCACUCACAUGGAGUGUUUGGGGAAAUCCUUUUUCUUCGCCACCCGCGCCGCGCGCACCGCGCCGAGAUCGGAUCCUGGAUGAGCAGCAUCCUAAGCCGAAGGCCUGUCCACGGGGCGCCCAGCGCGCGGUGACCGCCUUUCAACUCUUCGAUCUCUACGACUUCUUCCAGGCCUUCAUCAAAGGGCGGAACAUGUACUACUUAGAUCCCAACCUGGUGAGGCCCUUGACCAAGAAGCAUCGCUUGAGCUUUGCCGAGCGCGUGGGGCCCAGUCAGGUGGAUUUCUUCAUUAGUCACUGGUGGGGCACGCCCUUCAUGAACUUCUGCGAAUCGGUGAAGCGCCAUGCCAUCCACAUGUGCCACUCCGAAGACGAGUCUGAUUGGAAGAAGAUUGCCUAUUGGAUUUGCACCUUUAGCAACAAUCAGUACAGAGUGCAGGAGCUGGGUGGCCAUUCGCAUGAAGAGUCCUCCUUCUAUUUAGCGCUGCACAGCCCCAAGUGCAAGGGGACGGCGAUGAUCAUGGAUGAGGAAGCCUCCUUACUGAAGAGAUCCUGGUGUUUGUUUGAGCUCUUGCAAACCGUGAGGCGUCCGAUGUUUCAGAACGCUCCGGGUUUCGUUUUGGCGGAUGGACCGGCGGUUGGACGGCGGUUGGCCUCAAAGAGUCUGUUUUGGAUGGGGAUCGAAAUGUGUUGUUCAUGA